AUCACGUCGGCUUUAUGUUGACGUGGCGUGAGCCAUGGCUAACGAGAGUUCCAGCGGCUAGUAGGUAGCUAAAGGUACGGUAAGCCGGCGGAAGAAUGGAGAUAAUUAGCUAAAGACGACCUACUGUGACGACUCUUUACAGGUAGUGAGGACAACAUGGCCAGCCGGGGCCAGCACUAUGGCUUCCAGGCCGCCACAACGUCGCAGCCUGCCAACGGAGGCCACGCCUACCUGUUUGGGAACAACGGCUCAGAGAAUGACCUGUCGGAGGACGACGGCGAGAUCUUCGAGCUGCGGUCACGAGGCCGGGACCGCCUGCGGAGGAGCGCGUCCCGGGAGAGGAUGGACGACAUCAUCUACCUGGCCCGGGACGUCCAGGAAGGGGACACUUUGAACAGCCUCGCCCUGCAUUACCACUGCUCGGUGGCGGACCUCAAGCGGGCCAACAACCUCCUCACGGAGCAGGACUUCUUCGCGCUGCGUUCGGUGAAGAUCCCCGUGCGGCGCUUCAGCGUGCUCACCGAGAACCACAACGGCGCCGCCGCCGCCCUAAAACCCUCGUCCUCGCCGUCGACCACCUGGAGCCUGUCCCAGAUCUCCCCCGGCACGUCCUCGGUGCCCACCGAAUGCUCGACGGACUCGUCGUCGUCGGCCGACAGCGUGGAGGGCUUCCUCCUAGAGAAGGACAAGGACAUCGAGCGGCUGGUGAUGUCGACGGGGCCGUCGUCGCGCAGCAGCCUGAACGAGGUGGUUUCCUCGCUCACACAGCUGGAGGAGCCGCUGCUGGGGGGGACCGAGUACAAGCCGGCCCUGAGGAAGGACCCGUACUAUGGGGCCGAUUGGGGCAUGCGCUGGUGGACGGCGGUGGCCAUCAUGCUGGUGGUGGGCAUCGUCACGCCCGUCUUUUACCUGCUGUACUACGAGGUGUUGGUGAAGGCCGACGUCAGCCAUCACGGCGCCGCCGCCGCCAAUGCCGCCGCUCCUCAGGGGAACGAGGUGGAACUCUCCCCGCCUGAGGACAGACACGCAGGGGCCGCACCGGGAGACGGUGUGGGGAACGGCGCCAUGGGAGACCCCAAAGGGGCCGGGGAAGGGGACAUGAACCAUCGCAGCGAUGGAAGGCAAGCCAAGACAUGAUGUAGAGAAUAUAAUGGAGUGCAGACUGCAGGACGGACCUCGGCUGCUUUUAAGACAAACGCAGGGCGGGUACGGUCACAUUAGGGAACAGAAUCUUUUUGAUUCCAUUGACUUAGUCACCUUUUUUUUUUAACAACCCAGAUGGACCCAAUGGGAUUUCUUUCUCUAAUUGCCAUUAAAACAUGAUUAUUUAACACUAUUUUGUCAGGUGGGUGGGACCAGGGGGUUUCCAUUAUGUUCUAACAUAUCCAGACUAAUUUAUUUGGAAGAUAGAGAAAAACCUGUCUUACACUAUCAGUAUUGAAAAUAUCAAUUUAAUUACUUCGUCGGGAUACUUGUUUCUAGAUCUUCAAAAGGCAUGGUGAAACAAGGAAAAUGCACAGUACUCCUGCAAUCACUUCAAGUAAUUUUGGUAAGAGACUUUAUCAUAUAGAAGCCUUUAUUCCUGAUCUUGUAAAUAUUUUGGGUGAAAUAGACAGUAUGUGCCUUUUUAACCAGUGGCUCUGUAAACAGGCUGGAAAAGAAAUACAUCUAUUUUGAAUAAAUUAAUGAGCAGGCUGAAAUAAAAUGAGUAAAUUCAUAUUUUUUUUCACAACCGCAGUUUCACAGCAACAUUCCAAGGAUUAAUAUGUAUUGAUUUGGUAACAGCCAUUGAGAGAGUAAUUUGUAAACAAUGUGAGGUAAGAGAACACAGUUUGAACACAACACUGACUAAUUCUUCUUCUGGUCGCUGAGGAAUCGUCUCAGUAGGUGGCCUCUCCAUCGUCGCCGUCAUCAUUGUCCUCCUCCCCAUUGUCAAAGUAGCUAUCAAUGUAAUCGUUCUCCUGUAGAGUGAAACAAGGUCAGGGACCGCUUCAUACCAUUCUGAUCAUCUCGGCAAGAAGAACUCAAAAGACCAGCUGCUCAUUCUCACCUCCUCCACUUCCUCCUCUUCCAAUUCCUCCUCCAGAUCCUCCUCCUCUUCUCCCUCCGCUGUUUUCUUGGUCUUGGGCUUCUCGUCG